UGCAGGAUCGCGAUUCCCGGGCCGGCGUCGCGACGCUCUCCUGAUCCAGAAGCCGUCGGUUCGCAUCGAGUGCGGAUACAUCCUGCAUCCAGUACGCAGAGUGCUGUUUGAUCGGGAGCAGCGCGCGCGCGAAUCCUGCAAAACCUUCAUUAUUCUCGUUGUGAAAAUAUUUUUUUUUCUGAAACCGGAAACCAUCAUCAGAUUGACGUAUCUGGACCGAAAACCACGAAAACUGCCGGAACCGGAAAUUUACCAUGUCCAAAACUGGGGCCGCUUUUUCAGAUGCUAAGCGCUAAAAUGAUUUAUGGACUGCUAUGUUGAAAAUCGGCAUGCUGCUUAGUUGCAUUUUCAUGUCGAGCACGGCCGUUGAGCACAGCGACAGCCGUCCAAAUGAAAUCGACGCAUCGAACGUCGAUUUUGACAGUUACGCAGUUACCUGUUAUAUCUGCGUCAACGUAUCCGAUAAUCCUGUAUGCAAUCAGUUCGCCAUCGACAGACCCUGCAAACCAGGUGAAACAUUCUGUCAUACAUUGCACAUCAUGGAUUCACGCGGGACGAGCGUUCUGGUUAACAAGAAAUGCACAACGGAAGCCGAAUGCCAGCAGAACAAAGUGGGAUGCGUCGAAAUUGAUACACAAUUGAUGUGCGUUUCCUGUUGCGACCAAAACUACUGCAACGUGAACGUCCCGACAAACUCUUCAACAGCACUCUUCGACGAUAAGAUCACGAAGAUGCGUAUGCUCGCGAAGAACCUCUUCAAGGAGCGCGAGAAGGCUUUGACCACGACGUUGAAGGGCGUCAGCAGCGGCCACCGAAUAUCACACUACUACUGCGCCAUGUUAAUCUUCGUCGCGAUGGCUCUCAACUGAAUAAAUCCAGUGAUAGAUCGAAUCAAAUGAACUAUAUAUUUUCUGUACUUUAUUAUCGUAACUUAAAUAUCCCACGGAUUAUACGUUUUUUGCUCUGUGCCAAAAGAAAAAAAAAUAUAAUUGUAUCAGUAAGAAGAGCUUCGAUAUGAAAUAAGUACAUUAUAUAUAUAUACAAACAAAUACAUAACACAUAUACAUAUAAAUACAUACAUAAUAAAUAUAUAUAUCCGAUUGCUUGGCAUUACGAAAGUAAGAUGUAAUAUAUUAUAAGGUUGAUAUAUCUACAGGUUUUCUUCCUUCAUCACAUUGUUAUUUGUUAAGUUUGAAUGGUUUCAUCUAUUUACCUAGAUUGCAAUUGUGUUCGACGGUAGCGAACAUGUUUCUGUUAAACCUAAUUUAUAACGCUCACGACUCUGUCGGAUACAUGUAUCGAAUUAUAUAACACUUAUAAUUGAUGGUAAUAAA